AUGGAGAGCGAGCCGCCGGAGAGCGAGACGUGCGACGACGAGGGGGACGACGAGAGAGACAAGAGCGCCUCGGCGGACGACGAGAUGGCAUUUAUCGACGAUGCGUUCUUCGAGCUUCCCGACGUGGCAACGGAGGAAGAGGCGGAGGGCGGGGGGAGCCAGAGUCAGUACAGCCAGCAGAGCCUGGAGGCCGAGAGCGAGGGGAGCCAGAACAGCCAGGGCAGCCGUAACACUGCGAGAAGCGACGAGGACGUCACAACCGCCGCGCGGCACAACACCGGCGGCGACGACGGCACGGGGAGCGACGACGAAGAGAUGCCCGACCGCAAAACAGAGCCAGGACCGAGCGAGCGGCUAUCCGAGGAGGGGCCCCCAGAAUGA